AAAAUAUUCUUUCUUGCUUAUAAAAAUAGACGGUUACAAUAUAAUACUAAUUGGCUUCGUAUCGAGAGUGGGUCUUUUUUUACAUCGCUUAAAAAACUUUCGUUAAUAUCACACCUAGCAGUUAUAAAUAAAUAAAAUUGGUUUCAAGUAUUUAUAAAUUUCUAUGAGUGUCAAUAGAAAUGGAUUUUUGCGCAAACACUAAUUAUAUUUAUAAGAAUACGAAAGUUUUAAACAAUAAAAAUCUUGAAAAUAUGUUUACAAAGAGAUAGUAGGAAAUAUCGGUUGUUACAGCAACACUUACGUCAAAUACUUGAUACAUAUGAUGCUUUUGUGUACAUUCUAACAAAAUAAUGAUACUGUAAGCAAUAAUAAAUAGACAUGUCGAACAAAUAAUGAACCUCUUGGUUCGGUAAUUCUAUUUACGGUAAUUCUAUAAAUCGUACUAGAUCCUAGUACUUUUAUUUCAAAUAUAGUAUUGUACAUUGGUUAUAUAAAAAUCUAAUGUAUCGGAUUGGAGUUGAAUACAGUUGAAUGCAAUUGAAUUGAUUGACUCCUACCAGAGAGCGAUCUAAAUACAUGUUUGAGAAUGAAAAAUUUCUAAACUCACCCGCUCACGAAGCGGCUUAGCGAGCAGUAAUCUUUCUAUAUAAAUGUACUCAUUUUGCAAUCGAUUUGAAAUUGAUGCAAACGAUGCAAACAACGGUGAAGUUCUUUUGAACGAUGAUAAUUUGUUUCUAUCUAGUAGGCGAAGAAUUGUGCACUAUCGUCAUCAAACGUAAUGAUCGAAAAAUGAAGCAAUUAAAACAUGUCCUUGUAACCUGACAUAUCAUAUCUACGAAUCUUCUUCAGAAAUAUUUAUUACAAGCAUGUUUAAUAUCAACAUCAUCGGUCGCUCGAGGCAACUUUGGCCUUCUACAAUUUCGUCUGUUUGUCGAAGCAAUCAUCGAUGCCAUAGAUUUAUGUUCACUGACAAAACGGACAAGAAACCGACCGAACAAGAAAACAUUGUCGAUUCCCAAAUCGCUGUUAUAAAAGAAUGCAAAACACCUCCAGAAGAACGGAAAACAGAGGAGAAACCGAGACUCCAAACAGUUCGGGUAUAUCGUUGGAAUCCAGAAAAGUCAAACGUGAAACCAUAUAUGCAACAAUUCACGGUGGAUUUAAAUAAAUGCGGUACGAUGGUUUUGGAUGUGUUGGCGUUAAUAAAGGCACAACACGAUCCCACUUUGUCUUACCGAAGAUCGUGUCGCGAAGGAAUCUGUGGAAGUUGUUCGAUGAAUAUAAACGGUGUCAACACCUUGGCUUGCAUCACAAAAGUGACACAAUCACCGAAACCAAUAGUUGUAUAUCCUCUACCGCAUUCGUACGUAAUUAGAGAUCUGAUAACGGACAUGGAAGAAUUUUUAAAACAAUAUCAAAAUAUCGAGCCAUUUUUAAAGCGUCCAGGGGAAGAAAACUUUCUUGGUUUACGACAGAUUUUGCAGAGUCCAAAAGAUAGAGAUAAACUCAAUGGCUUGUACGAAUGCAUACUUUGUGGAUGCUGCACUUUUGCCUGUCCACCGUAUUGGUGGCUUGGUGAUAAAUUCCUGGGUCCCGCAACACUUUUGCAGGCAUAUAGAUGGAUAAUCGAUUCGCGCGAUAUGGGACACAAAGAAAGACUCAGCAAAUUGCGAGAUUUUUAUUCGGUCUAUCGAUGUCACACCAUUUUCAAUUGCACAAAGACGUGUCCAAAGGGUUUGAAUCCUGGAAAGGCAAUAGCCCAAAUAAAGCGAUUGUUAGCUGGACUUGCUAAAAAAGAACGACCAGAAAUGGAGACUCCACUUCCAAAUCCUUGCAAUGGCGAAGAAAUAUACCAAUGCAAAGAAGAAUAGAUAUACGAGAGAGAAAAAAUGUUCGAGGUCG